AUGAAUAACUAUCCAUAUUUGGAUUCUGAAAUAAAUUCUGAUUUUAUAUUGGAGUUUUGUUAUUCUUUAAAAGAAGUGGGUGAGGGUGAUUAUUCAGAUCAAUUUUCCAUUGAUAAAAUAUUCCCAACACGCGCCGAUUUAAUUCAAUGGGUUCGAAAGAUUGCAUUUGAUCUUGGAUUUGUUGUCGUCACUAUAAGAUCUGACACAGCAACUGGUGAAGCUGGUAGAAAGACAUUUAUUUUGUUAGGCUGUGAAAGAAGCGGGAAGUAUAAGAAGUAUAAGGCAGAUGUUCAACCUAGUUUCUCUGGCACAAGAAAAUGUGAGUGUCCGUUUAGGUUGAGGGGUAAACCUAAAGGAGAUGGUUGGGUGUUGAAGGUUAUGUGCGGCUAUCACAACCAUGAAUUAGCAGAGACUUUGGUCGGUCAUCCUUUCGCGGGUAGGUUAAAUGCGGCUGAACAAUCAAUUCUUGUGGACAUGACUAAUAGUCAAGUAAAGCCGUCAAAUAUUCUUUUGACUCUGAAAGAACAUAAUGCAGAUAACGUGACAACGAUAAAGCAAAUAUAUAAUGCGAGGUACACGUACAAACGAUCUUUGAGAGGGUCUAGAACGAAAAUGCAGCAGUUGAUGAUGUUGUUAGAUAAAGACAAAUACAUCCAGAGAAGUAGAUGUUUGGACGAUUCUGACGUGGUAAGUGACUUGUUUUGGACAUAUCCCGAUUCAGUGCACUUAGUCAAUUCUUUUAAUAUUGUUUUCUUAAUGGAUACGACGUACAAGACGAACAAAUAUCGACUUCCGUUGCUCGAGAUUGUGGGAGUCACAUCAACUGGUUUGACAUUCACAGCCGCCUUUGCAUUACUUUCAAGUGAACGCCAAAGUAAUUUCACUUGGGCAUUGGAAAGGUUCAAAGGAUUAUUAUUGACAUCAGAGGGCGGUCCACGCGUUAUUAUCACUGACAUAGACCUUGCUUUGAUAAAUGCAAUUAAUAAUGUCUUUCCGGAGACUUAUCAGAUGUUAUGUACAUUCCACAUUGCGAAAAAUGUUAGAGCCAAAUGCAAGAUGUUAGUGGAUAAGGUUGAGUCAGUGGAUGUGUUGAUGGAAGUGUGGCAGAAUGUCAUGGAUUGUGACGACCAGUCUAUGUUUAGUGCUUAUGUUCAUCGUCUUGAGUAUGCCUCUUCGGCAUGGCCUCUAUUUUUUGAUUAUGUCAACCGCACUUGGAUAAUUCCGUACAAGACAUACUUUGUCAAGGCGUGGACGAACAAAGUUAUGCAUCUAGGCAACACUACAACAAACAGGGUUGAGUCUGCACACUGGAACCUGAAGAGAUUAUUGGGAUCUACUAUAGGAGACCUAUGCUCGUGUUGGGAUGCCAUGCAUAACGUCAUAGUCCUACAACAUAACAAGAUCAAGGCGUCCUUUGAAAAAAGUUUGAACGCAAUAAGUGAUGCUUACAAAGGUUUAAUAUAUAGAAGACUUGUUGGGCGUGUUUCACGAUACGCUUUAGGACUUAUUGCUGAUGAAAUUGAGCGAGUCAAUAAAAUAGGUAUGGACAGUGGUCGUUGUGGAUGCAUUUUGAGCUCAACAUACGACCUACCAUGUGCUUGUGUAUUAGCACGAUAUCAACCUGGAAUAAUUCCACUUGGUGAAAUUCAUGUUAUGUGGACUCGUUUAAGCAUUUCAGGUAUUGUUUCUAAUGAAUCGCUUCCAGAGUUUAGCAUUGACCAUGAAGUUCAAUUGGUACAAGAAAGAUUCAACAAGGUUGACAUCGGUGAAAAGGUCAACAUAAAGCAGAAGAUGAUCGAAAUUGCUUGCCCAGAGAUGACGUCUAUGGUUGCUCCUACGCAUAAAGUGAAAACAAAGGGUGCACAAAAGUCUAAAGAUGCACGACAUGAGAGGUCUACGAAACGUGACCCAUCAUAUUUUGAGCACGUCGACACUUUACAUUCGAUGACAGAGUCUUCAUCACGAAAAACCAAAGUGAAAUCGAAGGCCAAAGAAGAAACGCGAAGGACAAUACCAAUGUUAAAUCAAUUUCAUCCGAUUUGUCAUCCAUUCAUUGUAGAUGUUGUUGAUGUUGUUGCUGAUGGUCAUUGUGGUUAUCGAUGUAUUUCUGCUAUGUUGGGCCUAGGUGAAGAGGCAUGGCCCAUUAUCCGACAUGACAUCUACCAAGAAUUAACUCAGUGGCGUGAUGAAUACGCACAAUUAGUAGGAAGCUACGAUCGAUUGGAAGAACUACGACAAUCAUUGAUUGUUCAUGAUCGAUCACAGGUUAAUGCUAAGAAGUGGAUGACCAUUCCUGACAUUGGUUAUGCAAUUGCAAAUCGAUACAAUGUCAUCUUAGUAAACCUCCAUAUCACAAGUGAAGCAUUACCCAUUGGAUGUUAUGAUUUACUAAACAACCCAACCCCGACAUGGAGAUAUAAGGCUCAAUGGCCUCAUGAUACAUUCCAAAAUGCUUCAAUUUUUUGCCAUGGGUGA